AUGAGCUUUGAAGAAGGCUCCGAGGCCGCUAGCGACUUGCAUCCUCACGUCUACAUCGGCACUCCCGGCAGCUUCGGCGAGUGGCAAGACACCAUCCAAAAGGUCGUUCGCAACGUCGUCGCCAUCCGAUUCUGCCAGACGUGCUCCUUUGAUACGGAUCCUGCCUUGACGAGCGAGGCCACCGGCUUUGUCGUCGAUUCAGAGAGAGGGUAUGUGCUCUACUGUGCUGCUGUGUGCUUUUUUUACAUCUUGACGAAUCGCCAUGUUGUCGGAUCUGGUCCGUUUUGGGGACACUGCGUGUUUGACAAUCACGAGGAAGUCGACUGUUACCCCGUCUACCGCGACCCCGUUCACGAUUUCGGCAUCCUUCGAUACGACCCCAAGGCGAUUAAGUAUAUGCAUGUGGAUGGUCUCACUUUGAGCCCUGACCUGGCAAAAGUUGGUACCGAGAUUCGCGUCGUCGGAAACGAUGCUGGUGAAAAGCUGAGUAUUCUUUCGGGUGUUAUUAGUCGUUUGGAUCGAAAUGCGCCCGAAUAUGGCGAUGGAUACAGCGACUUCAACACGUGCUACUAUCAGGCCAAUGCUGCUGCCAGUGGUGGAAGUUCUGGCAGUCCCGUCGUGAACAAGGAUGGCUGCGCCGUUGCGCUCCAGGCCGGUGGUCGAUCUGAUGGCGCCUCGACUGACUAUUUCCUGCCCCUGGACCGGCCACUGCGCGCGCUUCAAUGCAUCCAGCAGGGCAAGCCCAUUACGCGCGGCGACAUCCAGUGCCAAUUUUUGCUCAAGCCCUUUGACGAGUGCCGCAGGCUGGGACUCAGCCCGGAGUGGGAGUCGGCGAUGCGACAGGCUUUCCCUGAAGAGACCAACAUGCUGGUUGCCGAAAUCGUCUUGCCUUCUGGGCCCUCCGAUGGCAAGAUCGAAGAGGGUGAUGUCCUCAUCAAGGUGAACGGCGAGCUGAUUACGCAGUUCAUCCGCCUUGACGACAUCCUGGAUUCGAGUGUGGGCGACACCAUCAAGUUUCACUUGCAACGCGGAGGACAGGACAUUGAGGUUGACAUCGUGGUCGGCGAUCUUCACAAGAUUACACCAGAUCGCUUUGUGACUGUUGCCGGAGCCAGCUUCCACGACAUCUCGUACCAACAGGCAAGGCUCUAUGGCGUAGCCGUCAAGGGAGUUUACAUCUGCGAGGCUGCAGGAUCUUUCCGGUUUGAUAAUACGGACAACGGAUUCAUCGUGCAGUCUGUAGACCAGAAGAAGGUACCAGAUCUGGACACGUUCAUCGAAGUGAUGAAGCAGAUUCCCGACAAGGCGCGGGUGGUUGUCACUUACAAACACCUGCGCGACCUGCACACGCUCAUCACGACCGUCAUCUACGUCGACAGACACUGGUCGGCCAAGAUGAAGCUGGCUGUUCGCAACGAUGUCACUGGCUUGUGGGACUUUUCUGACCUCGCUGAGCCUCUGCCGCCCGUGGCCCCUGUUCGGCGGUCCGCUUCGUUCAUCGAGCUGGACCACAUGCCGCACCCCGGCAUCGCGGCCUUGAUCCGCAGCUUUGUCCACAUCAAUUGCACUUUGCCCGUCAAGCUCGACGGCUUCCCUAAGAACCGACGCUGGGGCAUGGGCCUUGUUAUUGACGCUGACAAGGGCCUUGUCCUCAUUUCUCGAGCUGUGGUUCCGUAUGAUUUGUGCGACAUCACCGUUACUAUUGCCGACUCCGUUAUCGUCGAGGGCAAGGUCGUUUUCCUGCACCCGCUGCAGAACUACACCAUCAUCAAAUAUGAUCCCGCCUUGGUGGAUGUGCCCGUCAUGAGCGCCCGCCUCAGUGAUCAGCACCUCACCCAGGGCGCCAAGACGUACUUCUUGGGCUACAACAGGAUAGGGAGAGUUGUCCAUGGAUCCACCAACGUGACGGAGAUCACAGCGGUUGCCAUCCCCGCCAACUCGGGAGCACCACGUUAUCGCGCCGUCAAUGUAGAUGCCAUUACCAUCGACAGCAACCUCGGGGCGUCGUGUGGCAGUGGUGUGCUGGUUGCGGAAGACGGGACCGUGCAGGCCCUUUGGCUGCAGUAUCUGGGAGAGCGCUCCCCGAGCACUCAGAGAGACGAGGAGUACCAUCUGGGUCUGGGUACGCCAACUCUGCUACCAGUCAUCUCGGCCAUCCAGAAGGGAGAGACGCCGAAGCUGCAUAUGCUGUCGGUAGAGUUCCGAUCCAUCCACAUGUCGCAGGCGCGCGUUAUGGGCGUCUCGGACGAGUGGAUCAACAAGGUUACACAGGCAAACCGGUCUCACCACCAACUGUUCAUGGUUAGCAAGAGGGCAUUUGAGCGGGUUAACCAGCCGGUAACCCUCAUGGAAGGCGACGUGGUGCUAAUGCUCAACGGCAAAAUCUGCACCACCAUUUCCGACUUUGACGUGAUGUAUUCGAACGAGGUCCUGGACGCCGUCAUUGUGCGAAACUGUGAAGAGCUACACCUCCAGCUGCCGACGGUUACUGCCGACGACAUGGAGACGCACCAUGCCGUGUCGUUUUGCGGAGCCAUUUUCCACCGCCCGCACCUGGCUGUUCGCCAGCAGAUUAGCAAGCUUCACAGCGAGGUGUAUGUGUCGAGUCGAAUCCGUGGCUCUCCUGCCUACCAAUACGGAGUUGCGCCGACCAACUUCAUCACACAUGUCAAUGGCGAGCCGACGCCGGAUCUGGAUUCCUUCAUUGCGGCGACGCGGAAAAUUCCCGAUAACACAUACUUCCGUCUCAAGGCCGUCACAUUUGACUCGGUGCCUUGGGUGAUUACAAUGAAGAAGAAUGACCACUACUUCCCUACCAUGGAAUGGAUCAAAGACAGCAACGAGCCCUGCGGCUGGCGUCGGGUGACGUACGAGGGCAACCAAGUCUUUGAGGGAGAGGCGACCGAUGGAAUCCCAACGGUUGCCGGCAAUGCCGAGAUGGAAUAA